AUGGAGCCAUCGGGGUCCCAGCGGCGUGGGGGUGAGCCCAGCUGGUGGGGCAGCGCCCCCCAAUACCAGUACAUGCCCUUUGAGCACUUCACCAGCUACGGACUGCCCUCCGAGAACGGGGGUCUGCAGCACAGGCUCCGGAGGGACGCGGGCCCCCGUGCCAACGCCCACCCCACACAGAUCUAUGGCCGUCACAAAGGGCAGUUAUCAGGCAAGGAACAGGACACCGAGAUCCCCAAGACGAUGGGCUCCAGUGCUUCCAUGGACAGCAAGGACGAGGAUCACUAUUCUAAAUGUCAAGAUUGUAUGCACCGCCUGGGACUCGUGGUGAGAAGGAAGUUAGGGGAAGACUGGAUCUUUCUGGUGCUUCUGGGGCUCCUGAUGGCUCUGGUUAGCUGGUGCAUGGAUUAUGUCAGCGCCAAAACGCUUCAGGCCUACAAGUGGUCCUACUACCAGAUGCAGCCCAGCCUGCCUCUGCAGUUCCUGGUCUGGGUCGGCUUCCCCCUAAUCCUCAUCCUCUUCAGCGCCCUCUUCUGCCAGCUCAUCUCUCCCCAGGCCGUCGGCUCUGGAAUCCCUGAAAUGAAGACAAUUCUUCGCGGGGUGGUCCUGAAGGAGUAUCUCACCCUCAAGGCCUUCGUGGCCAAGGUAGUGGCCCUGACCGCAGGACUGGGCAGUGGCAUUCCUGUGGGGAAAGAGGGCCCUUUUGUUCACAUUGCCAGCAUCUGCGCAGCCAUCCUCAGCAAGUUCAUGUCGGUGUUCUGUGGGGUGUAUGAGACCGUGCCUGGGCAGCUUGACCUCCUGGUAUCGGCCUGCGCUGUGGGCGUGGGCUGCUGCUUCGCAGCCCCUGUCGGAGGAGUGCUGUUUAGCAUCGAGGUCACCUCUACCUACUUCGCUGUGAGGAACUACUGGCGAGGAUUCUUUGCAGCCACGUUCAGCGCCUUUGUUUUCCGAGUGCUGGCCGUGUGGAACAAGGAUGCUGUCACCAUCACAGCCCUCUUCAGAACCAAUUUCCGAAUGGACUUCCCCUUUGACCUGCAGGAACUCCCAGCCUUUGCGAUUAUCGGGAUUUGCUGUGGGUUCCUGGGAGCUGUGUUUGUGUAUCUGCAUCGCCAAGUCAUGCUCGGCGUCCGAAAGCACAAAGCCCUCAGCCAAUUUCUGGCUAAGCACCGCCUGCUCUAUCCUGGAAUCGUCACCUUUGUCAUCGCCUCCUUCACCUUUCCACCAGGAAUAGGGCAGUUUAUGGCUGGAGAGCUGAUGCCUCGGGAAGCCAUCAGUACCCUGUUUGACAACAAUACGUGGGUAAAACAUACCGGGGACCCCGAGAGCCUGGGCCGGUCAGCUGUGUGGAUCCACCCCAAAGCCAGCGUUGUUAUCGUCCUCCUCCUCUUCUUCAUCAUGAAGUUCUGGAUGUCCAUCGUGGCCACCACCAUGCCCAUACCCUGCGGAGGUUUCAUGCCUGUGUUCGUUCUUGGAGCUGCAUUCGGAAGGCUAGUAGGAGAGAUCAUGGCCAUGCUUUUCCCAGAUGGUAUCUUAUUUGAUGACAUCAUCUACAAGAUCCUACCUGGGGGCUACGCAGUUAUUGGAGCAGCAGCGCUGACUGGUGCGGUGUCCCACACAGUCUCCACGGCCGUGAUUUGCUUCGAACUGACGGGUCAGAUUGCUCACAUCCUGCCCAUGAUGGUGGCUGUUAUCUUGGCCAACAUGGUGGCUCAGAGCCUGCAGCCCUCCCUUUAUGACAGCAUCAUCCAGGUCAAGAAGCUACCCUACUUGCCUGACCUUGGCUGGAACCAGCUCAGCAAAUUUACAAUCUUUGUUGAGGACAUCAUGGUACGGGAUGUGAAGUUUGUUUCAGCUUCCUGCACAUACGGGGAGUUGCGAAACCUGCUCCAGACCACCACAGUCAAGACUUUACCACUGGUUGAAUCAAAAGAGUCAAUGAUCCUGCUGGGCUCCGUGGAGCGGUCAGAACUUCAGUCCCUCCUGCAGCGUCACCUGUGUCCUGAGCGGAGGCUGCGGUUGGCCCAGGACAUGGCGAGGAAGCUGUCCGAGCUGCCCUUCGACGGGAAGGUGCGGCCGGCUGGGGUGGGGCGCUCUGGUGUCUGGCCCCAGGGUCGACCCGAGUCCUUUGCCUUUGUGGAUGAAGAUGAAGAUGAGGAUCUCUCUGGGAAGCCCGAGAUGCCUUCUCUUCCUCCUCGUCACCCGCUUCCUAGUGAUCCACUGCCCCCCGAAGAGCCCAAUGGGCCCCUGCCCAGCCACAAACAGCAGCUGGAAGCACUGGAGUCUACAGGUCCAAGACCCUCCAUCUUCCGGUCCCUGCUUCGCUGCUUGCUAGGCAGAGCUCGCCCCAAAAAGAAGAAAGUGACCCAGGAUUCAACAGAUUUAGUGGAUAACAUGUCUCCUGAAGAGAUUGAGGCCUGGGAGCAGGAGCAGCUGGGCCUGCCUGUCUGUUUUGACUCUUGCUGUAUCGACCAGUCCCCCUUCCAGCUGGUGGAGCAGACGACUCUGCACAAGACCCACACCCUCUUCUCCCUCCUGGGCCUCCACCUUGCUUAUGUGACCAGCAUGGGGAAGCUGAGGGGCGUGCUGGCCCUGGAGGAGCUGCAGAAGGCCAUUGAGGGACACACCAAGUCUGGGGUGCAGCUCCGCCCCCCUCUUGCCAGCUUCCGGAGUACAACUUCCACUCGGAGGAACACCGGGGUCCCGCUUCCUCCUGCAGAGGGCUGGAGUCUGCCUGACGACGGAGCUGGGGCCACUGGGGCAGGGGACGUGACCCCUGCUUCCCCAGAGACCCCCGUGCCACCCCCCUUCCCGGAGCACCCCCUCUCCCAGACUCCGGCGGAGAGCGAGCUGGAAGAGCUGGAGCUGGUGGAGGGGCCAGGGCCCGAGGAGGAGGAGCUGGCUGACAUCCUGCAGGGCCCCAGUCUGCGCUCCACCGACGAGGAGGAUGGGGAUGAACUGAUCCUUUGA